AUGGAUUUGUUCGACACAAAUAAUGAGAAAGUCGAGUCUACAGAGGCGGAGGCCACCAGGAUUCCAACCUUUUCUACUCAGAGCCCCAGUGCUCAAGUUGUCAAUGGACAGCAUGUCAACACCUCAGCCUCAAUUCUUCAUGUUGACAGUUCCCAGACUCGUGCCACUCAGAACACAUCAAAUGUAGCCUCUGGUGUUCCUCCGACUGUGCAUUUCAAUGCUGCUUCUUCCAAUUUCCUUGUUCAAACUGCCAGGACUUCUUGUGCUGGAAUUUCUCAAGCUAUAACCCCCCAAGCUAACACCACCACACUCGUUUCUGCGCAGGUUGAUCCCUCAUGUACCUCCAGCACCCCAAGUGCUCUGCCACUUGAUAACUUCACGAAGGUAGUUGGUGUUCAGAGCGCCAAUGAUCAUUAUAUCACGCCACCAGUCCCUAGGAUUGAUCCCAGUGGAUCCCCUAUGGAUGGAAUCUCCUAUGAUGAUCACACUGCCAAUAUCCAGAGCCACACCUCUCAGACUGCUCCUUCAACCAACCCAGGCAAUGUUAGCCCUGGCCUUGGUCAGACUUCCCACACAGUGGCCACUUCUCCAUCAAACGUUAGCGCCGUUGGGUAUCCCACAACUCUCUCAAACAGUGGAAACGCAAAUGCAAAUGCAAAUGCAAAUGCAAAUGCAAAUGCAAAUGCAAAUGCGAAUGCGAAUGCGAAUAUGCAGAACCUGCCCCCAGUCCAGAUAAAUACUGUCGCAGGCUCGCCCAUCCCUGGCGCGCCUACCAAUUUAAGGGCCAACAAUCAGCGUGGUACUAGUCUUGCUGCCGCCAAUCAUCGCACGAGUACUCUGACUGCCGCCUACCGGACAUAUCACCAGGCAUACUUGGCGAGCAAUCAGUCGCGUGCUGCCGUCCAGGUGAAUGCAAGCCAUGGAGCCCAAGCCAACACCAGUCUCAAUACCAAUGUUCAACCUGUCCAGGGCCUGGGCCAUGCUGUUAAUCCUGGCCAAGCAACUAAUGCCCGACGCCAGGCUGAUGCCCUGCGAGCCUUGGUUGCCCAAGUCAAUCAAGUUCGUACUACGAGCCCUCGCGUUCAAGAUCCGCUUAAUCAUGCCCAGGGUCCUUUUCUCGACCGCAAUGACCCGGUGAGUGUUGAGAUCAGCCAACGCGUGACCAACUUACGAGCUAUGACUGAGCACCAUCAUCAAGCCCAUGCUGCCGUUGUAGAUACUCAGAGUAGUCUAAGUCGCCAAACUUUUCAAUCCACUCCUUCUAUUCAGACUCAGUCCACACAUCAACGUAUUGACCCUCAAGCUGCAAAUCAAGGCCCUGCAAGCUCGGAUGGAACACUUCAGACAGGCCACAAUGCCUUUGAUGCCAUGUUUCAAGUCAUUGGAGAUCAAGAUAUUCACCUCGCAUCAGCUGGACUCGAUAACCGUGGAAGUCUCAUUCCACCGAGACCGAUCCAGUUCUACUCUGAAAACGAUAGUCUUCAGGCAUACCUGAUCCGACAGCAGCUCAUUGCUGGUAUACCUCCUGACGAAGUUGUUCCCAUGAGCAGCUUUUCCACCCAGCAACGACUGUUGCAUGGUGGUCCCAUGAGGGCCUGUGAUCCUGCCUUGAUCAGAGUUCAGCGAAGUACUGGUGCAGUUACUAUCCCCCGCAUACCACGCGCACGUUUCAAUGGUCGCAUUGAUCCCCUACCUUUCGACAUGCAAAGCUUGGACCCAGCUCUUUCUCGAAACGCACAGACUACCCCAUCUAAUGGGUCUGUUCUCCAGCCUGACGAAAACAGCGAUACCAACCAAGGUACUCUUGAAUCCGCCGUGGAGUUUCUUCACCACGUCUUCCCAGAUGAUACCCAGCAUACAACCGAAAAUGACGUUGUCAUGGAUAACUUUGACGGCAAUGCCGCUGAAUAG